GAGCGGCGUGGCGCCGUGUGCCGCGGCUCUGACCCGCUGUCAGUUGCCCGAGCCCUGUGCUACGGUUAGGACCGCAUAAUCGUCACCUUUUAACGACGUUACACGCCGAGCUAGCCACGGGUCGUCGCGCCGUGUUCUCGGCAGCACGCUCUUUCGGUUCUCCCGUUGCAAGCCAGACAUCGGCGAGCGCGAGCGAUCGACGGCGGUAAUCGGGACGAAGAGAUCGGCAUACACGAGAGAGGCGAAAGGCCACCAGCAACGCGGGGAGCAGCGAUCGCGAGCGAGCACGAUUGACCGUAAUCCGACCUCCGAUUGGACCUCCACCCGCGAGAGAUAGCUCAGCGUGUCGCUAAAUCGUCGUGGCCGUCAUCGUUGUCAUCGUUGUCGUCGUCGUCAUCGUCGUCGUGUCACCUAGAGAUCUACGGAGAGCGAGCGCUCCUCUCCUCUCAGUCGCCCGAAGUCGCGGAGAGGAUAGCUCCAUUCGCGCGGGCGUGGUGGGUGAUUUUGAAAUUCCUCGUUUGUGGUGGAGAAGUGAACGCGGGCUUCGACUGUCGGGGGGAGUACCCACGGAAGGCGCACCCGGGAAUCCGUGAGCUGACGAGACCAGUAUCCAGGAUGCUCUGGUAGAGAAGCGCGGACAACCCUCCGGUUCGAGUGCGAGAAAUGGCGUGCGGCAUAUCGGUCGACGUGACCGCCACGAGCACGGUGCUUCUCCUGCUGGUACUGCUUCAGGCGGCACUGGUCUGGGAGGAGGCGCGCGGCGCUCCACCAAGAAAGAGCGACAUCCUUGCGGGCACGGAAUUCCUGUCGGUCUUCAUAAACGGCGCCAUGGCGCCGACCCCGCAUCGACGACGAGGUUUCCGCCGGGGUGGUCACGCAGCGUCAAACGGCGACAGCGCGACCGCUGAGUCGCACCAGCACGAGGCAUCGAUCUAUCGGAUAUCUCGAAACCCCAACGUACCUCCGACGGUGUCAAGGCCGCCGAACGGCCGCGACGAGGUCGUUCGCUUCUACCCUAUAAGUCAGAAGACGCUGGAGAACCGGCAACAGAAUCUGGCGUCGUUAAUCGACGACCUGAGCACACCGGGUGGCAUAAGAUCGACGCGUCUGACGCCGACGAGCGCGACGACGACGACGACGAGCCCGCCGCUGGCCAUGAAAGAUCCAACGACCUCGAGGUCGAAUGGCACCAACAGCGCCGGAUCCAACGCCACUGGCAGAGCUGUCAGCCGGCAGAAGGUGAUCGGCGUCAGCGUCACAUCCACGGUCGAGGCCACGCCGUAUAAAGUGCGCGUCGAGCAUUACGACAGCGCGGACGCCGCAGUGGUGACGCGACCGCCGAGUUUGGAGUCCCCAGUGAGCAGAGAAGCCACCAGAGACUCAUCAAUCAGAAGCACACUGAGGGGAACCAACGCUAAGCUGUUGUCAGCGUCACCGUCCACGACGACCACAACGACGACGACGACGACGACAACGACGAGCACGACGCUGAUGACUACGCCCUCGCCGGCUCGAUUCGUCACGGAGGAGCUCAGCAACAUCGUCUCAGAGUCCAACAGCAGUGAGUUCUCCGUGGACGAGGAUUCGCCGAGGACGAGCUGGCGCGGUCGCGUCACCAUGGCGCCACAAAUUCAACAGACCCCCGCAUUCGCGGAGAGCCGACGGGACGAGGAGCUGAACGAAGCCACCCGCACUAUCGACGAAGACGCCAUCACCCUCCCGACGGAGGAAAAUUAUGAGCUACCCGUGGAGAACUCGGAGCCUCGGGAGCUGAACGAGGAGCCGCCGGAGAUGUCAUCGGAGCGGUUCCAGUCGCAGAACCGCAAGGCGGGCCGCCACUACGACGCGCCGAUCUACAAUCGAUCGGGUCCAAAGGUCUAUAGUCAACCGUCGAAGGCGUACAAGCCAACGCGGACGUACAACGAGCCCGCCAAGGUAUACAGCGAACCGGCUAAGGUAUACGGCGAGCCUGAACGAGUCUACGGAGAACCAGCUAAGGUCUACAGCGAGCCCGCCAAAAUCUACAGCGAGCCGGCCAAGGUCUACAGCGAGCCCGCGAAAGUUUACAGCGAGCCCGCCAAGAUCUAUGGCGAGCCGGAGAAGGUUUACUCCGAGCCGUCCAAGGUCUACUCGGAGCCGGCGAAGGUGUACUCCGAGCCUGCCAAAAUCUACUCGCAGCCGGCUAAGGUGUACGGCGAGCCCAGUAAGGUGUACGACUCCGAGGGCCAACCGGUGGAUCGCCAGCGAAGCGGCGAGCCCGACGAGCAGAACUACGAGGUCGACGAGUCGGUCAGCGUCGGCAGCAACGGCAACGUCCACGGCCCGCAGUUGGUCGUCACGGAGAUCCCAGUCACGUCUGAGGCCGAGGACGGUCACAAGGUCGGUUAUGUGGUCGAAGGCAGGAACUUCAGGAAAUAUCGGGUCGAGGAGAGAACGCCUGACGGCUUCAUCGUGGGCGAAUACGGCGUUGUCAGUCACGACGACGGCUCGUUGCGCGGCGUCCGGUACACCGCGGACGGUACCAUCGACCCACAGCUUAUUUACGACGCCCUGAAGAAGUUCCUCUCUCUGUAAGCGCCGGAGGAGGAUCACGAAGGAGGACGAACCGACGAGUCGUCGCAAAGCCCCGCGAACGAUUACUAGUGACCACUGGUGGGCCGAUUCUCUCGUCUGUGUGUCUCCCGCGGUAGCUGAGCUCGCGAUACUGGAAGUCAGAGGAGUGAUAGAUGUACCGGCCGGCAAUCGAGAGUAUCUCGGGAAUCUGCUGUCGCCGCGGAUCCACCUCAUGACACCUUCACCUGAAUGACCUUCUGGACUGAUGAAAGUCAGGUGACGUCAGAAGUGGCGGACGUUAACGCGACGAGAGGGGCGUCCUUGCUUCCUUCGGGAUGAACAGAUCGCAGGGAGGCUGACGACGACGGCAAGUCGGCAAGCCAUGGGCUUCUUCGUGGCGGCGCAGCGGCCAUCGUCGACGAGACGAACAUGACUGAUUCUUUUGUUCUUGCCAACUCAACUGCCUCAACAAUUAAUUUUAAGGACGACAUUUAGGAUCUAAGGAAGCCCGCGUGUCCGAGCAAGAGACGACCCGUUGUUCUCGAUCCGAAGGUGGACCGAAAGGUCGGCCGGGACCGACGCACGAAAGUCAAAUCGAUGCUCAGUCAUUGCGAAACUGACAGAUGAAAGUUACUCUUUGGCCGGCGAAAGUACGAACUUUUGUGUGCAGUAACUGCUCGAUGGCCUUUGACGAUUGUGGCAACCGAUCGAAGUGUAGCUGUCGAGUAUUUUUCUUAUAGGCCACUACUCGCAAGACUCUCGAUGCAAGAACGGAACUUUCGGCAUUCUGGUGCGUGAGAGAUUGCACGUAGCUGACGACACACACCCGGCUUAGGCGAUUUCCAGCUACGAUAUUAGGAGUGUCGGAUCUUUUUCUGCAAGUUUCACACUUUAUUCCACGUGAAACCGCGAACGAUGAUACGUACGCACCCCUUUAAGGCCUCUUUUACGUAAUUAUGUACAUUCACCUUGGGUCCUGCCCAAAUUUUUUAUAUUGGCGGAAUAAUGAUUCUGUCGAUACAAUACUAUCGAGCCACCCUAGGUAGAGCUAUAUUCUUUGCUCCGACCAAUGAAACCGUGAUUUCCUCGCUGAUGAAACCAAUAUAUGCGGUCGUGGGCAGAGCAGAAUCGAUGACAUUCGAAAUUGCGAGAAGUAUAAGCAAAUUUUCUUUUCUCAAUUUUUUAUUCAAAUCAUCUCAAAGUAUAAAGUUAGCGUUUUUAUGUUUAUUAUCAUGCCUAUAAAAUUUAUUAAAUUUUAUAGCACAGACAUGAAUAUAAAUAUUAGGUAUGUACAUACUUUCUUAGAAAAAAUGUAAAGUGAAGAGAAUACGGCCUCUAGGAGUCUAAUCGCGGCUAUUUGGUGGGAUUCCCAAAUUGAAUAAUUGACGAGAUGAAUGUAAAUAAUUAUGUACAUUCAGCAAAUCGCUUCCCCCAACAAUCAACUUUAUUUGUGUCGCAAAACUUUUCAUCGAGAACGUCUUUUACAGAAAUUUAUGAAGAAAAAAGUGGCUUAGGCCUCAAAGGGUGAAAAACAUAAUAAUAAAUUUACAAUAACGUUGUUUAAUUAUAUAUAUCAUAACUAUGAGAUGAAUAUCAGAAAUAGCGCGGACUAUUGAGAUUAAAUGUGCAAAAGACGAAACGAAAAAGGACGAAACGUCUAAUCCUGAUGCAAUCUCGCCGUGAUCGUAAUUCGAGAUCGAUUUCAAGCGCACAUAUCGAUACGUGUCUUCGUAACUGUAUAUCUCAAAUAACGAGAAUCCCGUGCGCCUUUGUGCAUUCGUUGAGGAUAUAUACUCGCGCCGGACCCUCGAUCUCUGAUCUCUGAUCUUUGAUCUCCGGUAAGAAAAUCUCGGACGCCAAUCGUUACGCCAAUCGUUACGCAGGCGCGGACCCGACAAAAUAUUUUGGCCGAGGCAACGGCUCUUACUCCUUAACAUGCCCAGCGCGUUCCGUAAAAGGACUCGUUUUACAACCCGAAAAUAUUCCAUGACGUCCUUCCGCAAAACCGACCAUCUCCAUGUCGAUCCUUUUAUUUAAACAGCGAAGCGAAACGUCGAGGAUUGUCGACCGAUCGAUACGAUGCGAUCUCGCAUGGAAAUCGAGAGCAAACUCUAUUUGUAUAUUAGAAAAAUACUACCAGGCAACAAACCUGUGUCGAUAAGGAUUAAUUUAAUCCGCCGAAGGGGAUUUAACGAAUCACUCGCGCCAUUCCGCGAAAGUUAACGCUACAACAUUCGGACAAACUCCUCAUCGCGCAUUAAAGAGCUUGAAGAAAGUCUCCAAUUUAAUUCCAUAUUAUUUAUUGUAUUUCUUAGCAAUUGUUCGUGGAACAAACUGCUUCGCUUAAAGCCGCAGUUUCUUUUGUGGUAAUCAACAAAACAACCCGUAAAGAUUUAUGUAUACAAGUUAUUUAUAAGAAGGAAGGAGCUAAAGUUCUUUUUUUAGGAAAAAAUCUAACCCAACAACUUCAAUCAAUAAAAGUAGUAAAAAAAAAAUAUAUAUAUAUAUAACUUUUAUAGAAAGGUAAAAAAAAUUUUUUUAAAUAACCUAACAAAACCUAUCUUCACCUAACCUAAUCUAACCUAACAUAACCUGUUUUAUGUGGCAUAUGUCAUCAAAAGAUGUACGUUUCUUAAAAAAAUAAAUUAAGAUCACAAUGAUACAGGUUAGGUUUGUUUUUGUUUCAAAAAUAAAAAAAGACUUUUGUCCCCCCAUAAAAAUUUGUAUAUAUAUAUUUUUUUUUGACGACCGUUUUGUUGAAUAUCGCAGAAAAAUCUGCAGUUUUAAGUGGAAUAGUAUUUCCAAUCAUUUAUUCAUAUUGCUUAUAUAAAUUUUUCACACCAAACUCUUUGUGUAAAAAUUGGAUAUAAUUUAUUACUCAAUAACAGUACUCUACCAUCAAAUGUCCCGCAAAUUUUCACGCUAUCUUAUCCGUUACAUCUCGAUCUAACCCAUACUGACAAUGAUGUCGCUAACAUUAGAGCGUGCCCGAGAAUUCUAGCGUUAACAGCCUCUGAAAUGAUUGACUGAAAGUCUCCUUCGUAUGCUUUUAUCGCGACCACGCUUCUGCGAUGAAGAGGUAGGAGAGGAAGUUGCAGCCGCCAGGGCCUUAUUCUCGAGGUCGGGUGCAAUCAUCCCCGCGGGCCCCGCAGCUGCGAUGGACGGGCCGACUUGUCGCGGCAGCGUGUUUGCGCGUCUCCUAGAUCUAAGUUCCCUAGAUCCUAAGGCUGUUCCGCGUCAAGGAAGUAUCUCAAUCAGCGAGAAGGCUGCUCUCCGUGGCUCGUCGAUUGUUUUAUUUAGCGUUUACCUAGCUCAUUCUCUCUCAUUACCUCAGUCCUUCGAGAUAGUUCCUCUCGCCAUGCAAUAUCGAGCGAGCCAUACUUAUCUUAAGUCGCGAGUGGACGGUACACCGCGAGACUCGCGAGAAGCACGCACGGGCUGUUCCGGAAUCGCACACCGCGCUGCUCGUACGAUCCGCAAGAAAUCUCCAACGAAGAAGCCGACGCUCGUUCGAUCGACGAGCCUACAGGAAAAAGGAAUUAGCUGCGGCCGCAAGAAUCCGUGUGUGGUAGCUGAAUCUCGUUGUUAACAUAUGGCUACCUAAAAGUGCAGCUGUCAGCAGGCAUAUAUUUAACUACAAAAUCGAUGUAGUAACAGUAGCAAAAGCAACAGUAACAAAAAUGUCACUGUACACUGCAAAUCCAGGUAUUAAUUUUAAACGUAUAAGCGUUUUUGAUUAAAGAUCUUUUUAAACGUUUCUUGUAUUUCUAAAUCAGGUGAUUUGACGCGUUUAAGACACAUGCAAAUUAAAAUUUAACACGUUUAAACGUGUAAAUAGAGAUUUAGUCCAAACAGCACACUUGGAUUUGCAGUGUAUAGCAGUAAAUUGUUUUUAGUCGCAGCAACGAAUACAUUUUCAGCAAACUAUGAUUAGCUGCGGCAGAGAAAUCUUUUCUUUCUGUGCCUCUGCAGAUGACACGCAAUAACGUCAGAUCCGCGAACACCCUGUGUAUACGGAUAUCCCUCGUGUAUUGCUCAUGUUCGUAGACUCUAAGUAACGCCUCGAUUAUUUUAUUCUACCAAUAUGUACACACAUCUAAAGCGUUCCGGCAUGUUACGGACGAUAUCUCUAAGAAUUCUCGCGUGUAAGGCAUGCAUCCUAGAUUAAUAUUCACUAUUAAAAUAUUAUGUAUAGCGCUGUGCAGCCAUCGCCAUUUUUCAACAGCAACUUUGUAAUAAAUCCAUUACCAUGAAAAGUA